GCCUGCAAUUACGCUUAAUUUACCUACGGUUUCCCAAAUCUGAUAGAGGAUAAUUCCCCAAAGAUGGCCAGCAACUACGAGGGCUACAAGUCGCCGCUGAGCACCCGGUACGCCAGCAAGGAGAUGCAGUUCCUGUUCAGCGACCAGAACAAGUUCUCCACCUGGCGACGGCUGUGGGUGUGGCUGGCGAGGGCGGAGAGCAGGCUGGGACUCGAGAUCAGCGAUGCCCAGAUCGCUGAGAUGGAGCUGCAGAUCAGCAACAUCGACUUCGAGGCGGCCGCGGCCGAGGAGCGACUCACGCGCCACGACGUGAUGGCCCAUGUCCAUGUCUUUGCCAAACAAUGCCCUGCCGCCGCUCCGGUGAUCCAUCUGGGUGCCACCUCGUGCUACGUGGGCGACAACACGGAUCUGAUUGUGCUGCGGGAUGCCCUCAAGCUGUUACUGCCGCGGGUGGCCAGCGUGAUAGCCCGGCUCAGCCAGUUCGCCCAGAGCUACAAGGAUCAGCCCACGCUGGGAUUCACACACCUCCAGCCAGCCCAGCUGACUACGGUGGGCAAGCGGGCCUGUCUGUGGAUCCAGGACCUGAUCAUGGACGAGCGGGCCCUGUCCCGCUGCCUGGAGGAUCUGCGCUUCCGGGGCGUCAAGGGCACCACUGGCACCCAGGCCUCGUUCCUGCAGCUCUUCAACGGCGAUGGCGAGAAGGUAAAGCAGCUGGACCAGUUGGUCACCGAACUGGCCGGCUUCAAGAAGGCCUAUGCCGUGACCGGGCAAACCUACUCUCGGAAAGUGGACGUGGAGAUCGUGGCCGCCCUCUCCAGCCUGGGCACCACCAUCCACAAGAUGUGCUCCGAUCUGCGCAUUCUGGCCUCUCGCAAAGAGCUCGAGGAGCCCUUCGAGAGCACCCAGAUUGGGUCUUCGGCCAUGGCGUACAAGCGGAACCCCAUGCGCUCGGAGCGCUGCUGCGCCCUGGCCCGUCACCUCAUCACCCUGUUCAGCAGUGCCGCCAACACCCAUGCCACUCAGUGGCUGGAGCGCACCCUGGACGACUCGGCCAACAGGAGGUUGACCCUCUCCGAGUCUUUUCUGGCUGCCGAUGCCGCCCUGCUCACUCUGCUGAACAUCUCGCAGGGACUAGUUGUCUACCCCAAGGUGAUUGAGAGGCACAUUGCCCAGGAGCUGCCCUUCAUGUCCACGGAGAACAUUAUCAUGGCCAUGGUGAAGGCGGGCGGAGAUCGGCAGGUGUGCCACGAGAAGAUUCGCGUGCUGUCCCAGGAGGCCGGAGCCCAGGUGAAGCAGCACGGCAAGGACAACGAUCUGGUGGAUCGAGUGCGCAAGGACCCGUACUUUUCGCCCAUUUUGGAGCAGCUGGACACCAUACUGGAUGCCACGACCUUCACUGGACGCGCCAGCGACCAGGUCGGCGAGUUUGUCAGGGAGGAGGUGGAACCCGUGCUGGCACGCUACUCCGAAGCCCUGAAGAGCGUUCAGGACGUCAAGCUGAACAUCUAGACGCUCGUUAUGUUGCCCUGUUUAAAUCCCAGAGUUUGCUUUCGUAAAUACACACGUACACUCGCACCUAAUCAACUGCGUCAGCCACUGAUGCAGUCAACAUUA